AACUUGAAUGUUGUGAUAAAAUACCGGUGUCACGACCACAAACUAUUUUUAAUACAUUUUCUGUGUUCUGUUAUUAGCCAACAUUGUGCAUACUGCUGAUACAGAGCGUGGACAUUGUGUCUUUGAUCUUUUUCAUCACACAGAGUAGAGCUACCACAAUGCCAGUGCAGGCCUUUUCAUUCCCAGUGCCAGAGACCAGGUUCUUCCAGGCUGGCCGAUGUGUCUUCAAAUUCAAGAUCACUUGUGGUGGCAACUACAGUGGUGAAGACAUGGCUUAUGACGAUUUUGUGAAUGAGGAACUAGAGGAUACAAUUCGCAUCACUCUUGCCAAUUUGGAUGCCCUUCAACCGUUUGCAACCAAACACUUCAUUGUAUUUCCAUAUAAAUGUAAAUGGGAACGAGUGUCAAAGCUGCGUUUUGCUCUGGAUGGAGCAAAGCUGUCACUGUAUCCCUACCUUAUCACUCUCUACGUGGAGCCUCGUCUGCAGAGCCACGAAAACACAGUAGACAAGCAAACAGAGGAAUGGUGCAUUGCUGAGACUGGGUCACUACAGGAGUCUGCUCCUUGUCCUUCGAGCCCUGGAAGACCAAGAAAGCGCAGUAAGAGGGAACAGCCACAAGAGUGUGCCCUUCCACAGCCCAGUAUGGACGCACACAACCAACAGCAGUGCGAUGAGGACUCUCCGGAGCAGGUUGAUGAGGCAGAAGAAAUAGUGUAUGACAGUAAGGCCAAUGCUGAAGGCUCUGAAGAAAACAUGCAAGAAGAAGCUCUUACAGAAGAGCUACUUUAUGAAGAGAAUGAUGACGCUGAGGAAGAGGAACAAGAAUCACCUGAGGAGGGAAAGCCGAGCAUUCUCACUCGAAUAGCCAGAGCAACGUUUCCCUUCUCAGCAGUUUCCUGUAACCUGGAGACGCAGCACCGUGUGGUGAUGUCGAGCUGUGUGACUCCGUGUGUUCUCCUGCUUGUGGUCCCUCUGCUGGCCCUGCUACUUCUCAGCCCCAUCAGCCACAGCUAUGAGGUCUUAAGCCCUGGCUGCCACCUCUACCCCUUCAACGUGACCAUCCGCAGUGACCGCAAGGGGACGUGUCGCGGGACCCACGUGGUGUACGCCUGCGUGGGCUACUGCGAGUCCAGCGCCUUCCCCUCGCGCUACUCUGUCCUGCUGGCCUCCAACUUCACCCACAACAUCACCUCCGCCUCCCGAUGCUGCACCAUCAGCAGAGACACCAAGGUGAAGGUUCGCCUGGACUGCCCGCGGGGCCGCCGCCAUGAUGACAUUGAGAUUCUAACGGCACAGGCCUGCAGGUGUGACAUGUGCCGCAAGUCCCGCUACUGACCGAGAGACGUCAUGGAAAACUGGCAGUAUUCAACCAAC